AUGGACGAGAACAUCCCCAAGCCACAUGCCACGAAAGUUUGGACCACGCUCAUAACAAAUACUGCGUACCUCUCUGGGCUUUUGACCCUUGACUACUCCCUCAAAAGAGUGGGCUCAAAGUACCCGCUUGUCGUUCUCUACACAGACUCAUUCCCCGCCGAGGGCCACAAAGCUCUAGAUUCCCGCAAGAUCUUGAAGCGACAUGUACCGUAUCUACUUCCGUCAGCUCCCAAGGAUUUCACCAACGAUGUCCGAUUUUACGAUUGUUGGAGCAAACUCACACCGUUCUCACUCAUUGAAUAUGACCGCGUUGUGCAACUUGAUAGCGACAUGCUCGUCCUUCAAAAUAUGGAUGAGUUAAUGGAUCUCGAAUUGGAUUCGCCAGAAAUGGCUGGGAGCGGAGAUCGAGUCUUUGCCGCGAGCCAUGCAUGUACCUGCAAUCCACUUCAUAAGCCUCACUACCCAACAGACUGGACCCCGGCCAAUUGUGCCUAUACCAUGCAGCAUGAAACCCCCGAUAUCGCACAAACAGCAGGUGCUUCACCCAUUUCAGGGUUGGGGAUACCCAAUGGAGGCCUACAAGUGGUGAAUCCAGCCCAGGCAACCUAUGACAAAAUCACUCAACAGCUUGCUACUUCUACAACAUCAAAUUAUGACUUCGCCGAUCAGUCCCUUCUUGGUGAUCUGUUUUAUGGUCGCUGGGUUGCACUCCCAUACAUAUACAACGCACUAAAAACAUUGCGGUGGGAAGGCGUACAUGACCCCAUAUGGCGCGAUGAGAAUGUUAAAAAUGUACAUUACAUCCUCAGCCCGAAGCCGUGGGAUGACCCCGCACAGAAACAGGACCAAGAUCCAUCGCACGCAUGGUGGAUAGAAUUGAAUGAAAAAAGGCUGAGUGAGGAACAGGAAGCAGGUAUCAGAGACCAAUUUUGA